UAUAAAACGAACGAACUUAACACAAAGCAAAAUCCCUAAAGAGCUCUCAUAUUUCAGAAAAUUGCUGCAAUCCGCCGAAGCUUUUUUGGUGCCCUAAAAAUGGAGAAGAUAGGAGUUGCAAUGACCGAUCCAAUGGUGAGUUACCUCGAAAAACAGCUUGAACAACGCUUCAAUCUCUUCAAGCUCUGGAUUCAUCCUCUCAACUCCGAUUACCUUCAGCAAAACGCGCAAUCGAUCAGAGCAGUAGUCGUCAGUUCCAGUUCCGGUGCCGAUGCUAAUUUGAUCGACGCUUUGCCGGCUUUGGAAGUCGUAGCGAGCUUCAGUGUAGGAAUCGACAAAAUUGAUUUGGCGAAAUGCGUGGAGAAGGGGAUUAGGGUUACCAAUACGCCCGAUGUGUUGACCGACGAUGUCGCCGAUGCCGCAAUUGGUCUGGCCAUUGCGGUUUCGAGGAGGAUUUGUGAGUGCGAUCGGUUCGUCCGGAGUGGAUCAUGGACCAAAGGCGAUUUUGGUUUGGGAACGAAGUUCAGUCGAAAAUCAGUAGGAAUUCUUGGGUUGGGAAGGAUCGGUUCAGCCAUUGCCAAGAGAGCUGAAGCAUUUGGGUGCUCCAUCAGUUAUUGCAGUAGGAACGAUAAGCAUCACAGUGUUUACAAAUACUUCCCCAUCGUCCUAGACUUGGCUGCAAACUCUCAGUUUCUGUUCGUGGCAUGCAAUCUCACCCAACAAACUAAGCACAUUAUCAAUCGGGAAGUAAUCGAUGCAUUGGGGUCACAUGGCUUUCUUAUCAACGUUGGACGAGGUGCUCACGUCGAUGAAUCUGAGCUCAUCUCUACGCUGCUCGAUGGUCGUUUGGCUGGGGCAGGACUAGAUGUAUAUGAAAACGAGCCCCAUGUACCUAAACAGUUGCUUGAGCUUCAAAAUGUAGUCCUAUUGCCUCACGUCGCAUCCGAUACCAACGAGACCAGCACUGCAAUGGCCGACCUUGUGAUUCGAAACUUGGAGGCACAUUUCAAGAAUGAGCCUCUACUUACUCCCGUGACGGAAUUGUUGCAGUGCGCUGGAACUUUUGCUGCGCUGAAAAUGGAGAAGAUAGGAGUUGCAAUGACCACUCCAAUGUUCAGUUACCUCGAAGAACAGCUUGAACAACGCUUCAAUCUCUUCAAGCUCUGGAUUCAUCCUCUCAACUCCGAUUACCUUCAACAAAACGCGAAAUCGAUCAGAGCAGUAGUCGGCUGUACCAAGAUCGGCGCCGACGCCAAUUUAAUCGACACUUUUCCGGCGUUGGAAAUCGUAGCGAGCUUCAGUGUGGGACUCGACAAAAUUGAUUUGCCGAAGUGCCGGGAGAAGGGAAUUAGGGUUACUAAUACACCCGAUGUGUUGACCGACGAUGUUGCGGAUGCCGCAAUUGGACUGGCCAUUGCGGUUUCGAGGAGGAUUUGUGAGUCUGAUCGGUUCGUCAAGAGUGGAUCGUGGACGAAAGGCGGUUUGGGAUUGGGAACGAAGUUCAAUGGUAAAUCAGUUGGAAUUGUUGGAUUGGGAAGGAUUGGUUCUGCCAUUGCCAAGAGAGCUGAAGCAUUUGGUUGCUCCAUAAGUUAUUGCAGUAGGAAUGAAAAGCAUCACAGUGGUUACAAAUACUUUCCCAGCGUUGUAGACUUGGCUGCAAAUUCCCAGUUUCUGUUUGUGGCAUGCAAUCUGACCCAAGAAACUAAGCACAUUAUCAAUCGAGAAGUAAUUGAUGCAUUGGGGCCAAAUGGCAUUCUUAUCAAUGUUGGGCGAGGUGCUCACGUCAAUGAAUCUGAGCUCGUAUCUGCGCUACACAAAGGUCGUUUAGGAGGGGUAGGACUAGAUGUAUUUGAAAACGAGCCCCAUGUACCUGAACAAUUGCUUGAGCUUGAGAAUGCAGUUCUUCUGCCUCAUGUGGGAACGGAUACCAUUGAGACCACCAUUGCAAUGGCGGACCUCGUGAUUGGAAACUUGGAGGCACAUUUCAGGAACGAGCCUCUGAUUACUCCUGUGAUUUGAUUUUUCCCUACUUCUAGACAUCUCCCCGUAGUCUUUGAUACAUUUGAGCUAGAAUGUUAAAACUAUUGUUGUUUUAUAUGGUCUCUCUUGUUUCCC